CACUGGUUGCUAGGCUACAGAAGCUUUCGCCGUAGUGUUUUUGUGGCGUAUCUGAGUGCGUUUCGAUUGGGAAUUAUAUUUUACUACAUUUUUGCAUUGUUUUCUUUACAUUGCAUUGUUUCUAUGAGACAGGAGACGCCGCUUAAGGACAGCUGUGUCUGGAAAACCGUCUUGGGAAAUCUCUCAAUUUGGACACAAGAAGCCAAUUUUUCGCUGAUGCUCGGUGGCUAACGUUAGCAUGUAAGCUAUGUAACGAUGACACACGUUAAAUAAGAAUGGGAACAGGAAUUUAAAUGUCUGGUAAAUGUAAGUUACUGUGAAAACUAUGCCUUCCUAACACGUGUUAAAGUUUGAUUCAACCCAAGUUAACACUGAAAGUAUAAAGCUGAAUGACAUGCAAAAUCAUGCGAAUUCAACAUACGUGGUGCCUUGGUCAAAUAAGACGUUCAGUAUAUGACCACUUGUUCAUGGAGCGAGCCGACCGUCGACUUGUGAAGAACCAACCAUACGACGAGAGCGUGGAAGUCAGCGACUCGGCGGAGGAGGCGAGCAUCCGCGGCCAGGCUGAGCGUGGGAGAAACAGGAGGGGGCGCAGCCUGUUGUCAGGCAACAACAGCAGCAGUGACGAGAUGGACGAAGACCCCGCGCCUCCAAGGGCCAAAGGGCCAAUAAGCAGGCAGCCCGGGGUUACCCCCAACGAGGAAGAAGAUGAGGACGAGGAGGAUGAGUCAGAGGAAUCGGACGACGACGAUGAUGACGAAGAUACCGAUGAUGACGAAGAUACCGACGAGGCUCCCGAGGGCGCGUACGACGCGGCUGACUACGCCAACUUGCCUGUCAGCACCGAGAUCAAAGAUCUAUUCCAGUACAUCAUGCGGUACUCUCCUAAAUCCAUCGUGCUAGAACACAGCCUAAGACCCUUCAUCCCAGACUUCAUCCCGGCCGUGGGUGACAUUGACGCCUUCCUUAAGGUGCCAAGGCCGGACGGCAAAGCGGACGGGCUGGGCCUUCUGGUUCUGGACGAGCCCAGCAUCAAGCAGUCUGACCCCACAGUCUUGUCACUGUGGUUGUCCGAGGAGACCAAGCAACACGCCACCAGCGAGCUGAAAGUGACCAGUGUGUCCAGUCCUCAGUCCAACCCUCGCGCUGUGGACAGCUGGGUAGAGAGCAUCGGCGCCCUACACCGCUCCAAGGCGGCGGCCAGCGUGCAGUACGCCCGCGCCAUGCCCGACAUCGACGCCCUCAUGCAAGAGUGGCCGCCGGAGGUUGAGGAGACGUUAGGGCGCGUGCGCCUGCCCCCCGCCCGCCUCGGCUGCAGCCUGCCACAGUACUGCGACAUUGUGUGCGCACUGCUGGACGUCCCCGUAUACUGCAGCCGUAUCCAAGCGCUGCACCUGCUCUUCAGCCUCUUUCUUGAGUUCAGAGAUUCGCAGCACUUUGCGCGAACUUGACUCUGUCCUCCAUGCCACGUGCAUGAUGAUAUUUUAUCAUGUCUCCUUUCCACAUUCAAGUGUGCCUGGACCAAUAACUUCCCUUCCCAACCCAGGCUGAAGUUGGCGUCGCCCCAAGUCUCUCAGUCAAGAUCACGUCAAUGCUCAACACCAUGGACACAGUAGGCACCAGGUAACCAAUAAAGACCACAUGAGUAGCCUGCGGGCCUGUCCUGAAAAUAGUUCACCAAUGAUGGAACACUGUGAUUUCCUAGGAAUGUUGUGAAAGUGACUGUUGAAAAUAAAAACAAUUGCAGAUAUUUAUAGAAUGUUGCAUGUUGAAUUUUACGUUUCCUUCCUUGUGAAGUCAUUGAUGAUGGUCAUUGUAAAAAAAUAUAUAUAUAUCUUUUACUGGAUCAGUGUCUUCACAUUGGUACUAUCAUUAAAUAUUAACAAAAGCUUGUAAUUAAAGGCAGGGCUUUGGCACCAUCUUGUGGCAGAAUUAA